AUGCAGAUUGCAUACGCGUUGGGCUACUCUUUUGCCGGUUGGCUUGGGUAUGCCUGCUCAUUCAUGUCAGAGACGAGCCAAUACGCCCAAUUUGCCUGGCGUUUUCCACUCGCCUUCCAGUGUGUUUUCCCAGGUAUUUUUCUGUGUGGUCAGAACUUCAUACCACUUUCUCCUCGCUGGCUUCUUUCACAACGCAGAGAGGAAGAAGCCUUCCAGAUCAUGUGCAAACUGCAUGAGUCCAGCGAUGACCUGAAUAAUGUUCGCGCUCGCGAGGAGUUCUUCCUCACCAAGAAACAGUACGAAAUCGACAGUAAUCUACCAAAUCGAUGGCAUGACCUGUUCCGAACUGCCCCCAACCGUAAACGUGCUCUUAUCGGAGCAAUCCUAAUGUUCGGAAAUCAACUUCUCGGGGUCUAUGUCAUCGGAAACUACGGCGUUCUUAUAUAUGCUCAGCUGGGACAAGAUGGUUCAAUUCCACUGCUACUGAACGCAAUCUGGACAACAAUCACCCUGUUUGGGAAUACUUGGACAGCGUUUUAUGUGGACAAAUAUGGCCGUCGCACGUUAAUAUUGAUUGGCGCGAUAGGAACGUUCUGUACUUGCAUUUGUCUCUGUGCAUUAAGCGCAGUUUAUUUGGACACAACGAACAAGGCUGGGCUAAAAGCCACUGUCUUUUUCUGUUUCCUCUAUAUCUUCUGGUGGUGUUUCUUUCUAGAUGCUACACAAUACGUGUAUGUUUCGGAAAUAUUCCCGAGUCAUUUACGCUCCGCGGGCGUUGCUUUCAGUCUUGCAUCCUUCUAUUUGGCAUCUGAGGUGACUCUAUCGGUCGCACCCAUUGCUAUGGACAGUAUCGGGUGGAAGUUCUAUCUCGUACUCAUUUGCCCUAGUUUCUUUUUUAUCAUCUUCCUUUUCAUGUAUCUGCCCGAGACCAAGGGACGAACUUUAGAGGAGAUCGGCACUCUUUUUGGCGACAAGAAUGUUGCGAAUCAAUGGUAUGGACUAGCAGAGGAGGAGAAGAAUGUCAUUUAUGACCAGGCCGUCUCGGAUGAGAAGGGAGAUGCCGUGACUGCAGGUCAUACAGAAAAUAUCGAGGACAUCGGUGUGGAAGAGUCGGCCUAA